AUGCAAGCAAAGGAUAUCCUAGAUCAUCAAUUGCUUGAUGGAGGCAAGCAAAAUCACACCCACCACAAUACCUUCUACCUCAUCAUGUGGCCAAAUUAA